UUUGCAGACGAACGAGAAGGAGGGAAAAAACCCAGGCGGAAGGGAGUUAAAAGGCAAUGGGAAGGGAAGUCAUCCGAGGAAGACGAAGGAGGAGGAAGAGGAGGAGGAAGGACUUUAGAUUGUGACCUCAAACUGGACGAAACCUUGGACCGGACGCUGGAAGACGGGGCGAAGCAGCACAAUUUGACGGCUGUCAACGUACGCAACAUCCUUCACGAAGUCAUCACCAACGAGCACGUGGUGGCCAUGAUGAAAGCCGCCAUCAGCGAGACGGAGGACGCCCCUGUUUUUGUGAGUCUGGGGGCUGUUGGAAGAGAAGAGAGGAGGGGGGGGAAGCAAUUGUUACAUGGGGUGUGUAUCUCAGCAGAGGAAAAAAUAGAUCUAGCAGAUCUAAUCAUAGUUUAAUUA